AACCUCCUCCUUCCCAUCCUCAGAAAAUAGUGACGGCAAGCAAAUUGCCUAGGAAUCAGGGAUAUAGUUGGAAUUUAGUAGCUGGGUCAGACUUUGUAUAUCCUUCUUUCUUCUCUCUCCGUUAUUUUUCUGCUAUUUAACACAAGCCUGAUCAUUCGCCAUUUUCAUUCCUCAACUUUGGGAAUAUUACAAGGCUACGGAUUAAAGCUUCGGAAGUACACGAUCUGCGCACUCUAUCUAUCUAUCUAUCCGUCGCUGAGAGAGGAGUGGGAUCAGGAAACAAAGUGGAAAUGUCUACGGUGAUCAAAGGUAUGCUUGUAGGGUCCAUCCCCGACGUCUACAAUCAAAGGCAUCAUCUGAAGGACAAGAACAUGGAACACACCGGUUUGCAGCCCACAGAAAGUGGUUUCUCUGUUAGCUUCCACCGGCUGGGCUUGAACUCGGCUCAAGACAAACGCAUCAUGAUUAACCCCCGAUUCCCAUACUCGAAGGUUAAGAGAUGCGUGGCGCCACUCCGAAGCCGAUACCGACGCCGAGCCGUCCUGACUUCCGAGCCAAUGCCGACUUCUGAGCCAAAGCCCACCAUUAUUAAGAAGCGAGUGUUUACUUUUGGCAAGGGAAGGAGCGAAGGAAACAAGGGCAUGAAAUCAUUGUUGGGUGGGAAAGGAGCAAACCUUGCAGAGAUGGCAAGCAUUGGGUUAUCUGUACCACCAGGUCUCACAAUAUCAACAGAGGCAUGCCAAGACUACCAGCAGAAUGGAAAAAAAUUGCCAGAAGGCCUGUGGGAGGAGAUAUUAGAGGCUUUGAAGAGCGUGGAGAAGGAAAUGGGAGCUUUUCUCGGUGAUCCUUCUAAGCCCCUCCUCCUCUCUGUGCGAUCAGGAGCUGCGAUAUCCAUGCCUGGCAUGAUGGACACUGUCCUUAACCUUGGUCUCAAUGAUGAAGUGGUCGCUGGUUUGGCUGCGAAGAGCGGAGAGCGCUUUGCUUACGACUCAUACAGACGUUUUCUAGACAUGUUUGGAGAUGUUGUCAUGGGCAUUCCACACUCAUUAUUUGAGGAGAAGUUAGAAAACCUGAAGACUACAAAAGGAGUUCAACUUGACACUGACCUAACAGCUGCUGAUCUUAAAGAGGUUGUGGCACAAUACAAGAAAGUCUACCUCGCAGCCAACGGUGAAGAGUUUCCUUCAGACCCAAAAAAGCAGUUACAAUUAGCUGUCAAAGCAGUCUUUGAUUCCUGGGACAGUCCGAGGGCCAUCAAGUAUAGGAGCAUCAACCAAAUAACUGGAUUGAAGGGAACUGCUGUCAACAUUCAAUCUAUGGUUUUUGGAAACAUGGGGAAAACUUCUGGAACAGGUGUUCUCUUCACUAGGAACCCAAGCACUGGGGAGAAGAAGUUGUAUGGUGAAUUUCUUAUCAAUGCUCAGGGAGAGGAUGUAGUUGCUGGAAUUAGAACACCGGAGGACCUGGACACCAUGAAGCAAUGCAUGCCUGAAGCUUAUAAGGAGCUUGUGGAAAACUGUAAAAUUCUGGAGAAACACUACAAAGAUAUGAUGGAUAUCGAAUUUACAGUUCAAGAAAAUAGGCUGUGGAUGUUGCAAUGCCGAUCAGGGAAGAGAACUGGAAGAGGUGCUGUAAAGAUUGCAGUUGACAUGGUUAAAGAAGGUCUUGUUGAUACUCGUUCUUCUAUUAAGAUGGUGGAGCCACAACAUCUUGACCAACUUCUUCAUCCACAGUUUGAAGAUCCAACUGCUUACAAGGAGCAUGUGAUUGCCACUGGAUUGCCUGCAUCACCAGGAGCUGCAGUGGGUCAGGUAGUGUUCAGUGCUGAUGAUGCUGAAGCAUGGCAUGCACAAGGAAUGGCAGUUAUCUUGGUUCGGACAGAGACCAGCCCAGAGGAUGUUGGGGGGAUGCAUGCAGCCACUGGUAUCUUGACAGCUAGAGGUGGCAUGACCUCCCAUGCAGCUGUUGUAGCUCGUGGAUGGGGAAAAUGCUGUGUCUCAGGCUGCUCUGAUAUUAGAGUGAAUGACAGUGAGAAGGUGGUUUUAGUUGGAGAUAAGGUUAUUAAGGAAGGGGAAUGGAUAUCACUUAAUGGGUCUACAGGAGAAGUGAUAUUGGGGAAACAACCACUCUCUCCACCAGCCAUCAGUGGUGAUUUGCAGACAUUCAUGUCUUGGGUUGAUGAAAUGCGGCGUAUAAAGGUUAUGGCAAAUGCAGACACACCUGAUGAUGCACAAACUGCAAGAAACAAUGGUGCAGAAGGGAUUGGACUUUGUAGGACGGAGCACAUGUUCUUUGCAUCAGAUGAGAGGAUAAAGGCCGUGAGACAGAUGAUAAUGGCAGCAACGCCUGAACAAAGAAAAGCAGCACUAGAUUUGCUUUUGCCUUAUCAAAAAUCUGACUUUGAAGGCAUUUUCCGUGCAAUGGAUGGUCUUCCUGUGACAAUCAGAUUAUUAGAUCCUCCACUCCAUGAAUUUCUUCCAGAAGGUGACAUAGAAAAUAUUGUCACUGAACUAAUAUCUGACACCGGCAUGACUGAGGAUGAGGUUUUCUCAAGAGUUGAGAAACUUUCAGAAGUAAAUCCCAUGCUUGGCUUCCGUGGCUGCAGGCUUGGAAUCUCGUACCCGGAACUAACUGAAAUGCAGGCGAAUGCCAUCUUUCAGGCUGCCAUGUCUAUGAGCAACCAGGGUGUUAAAGUUUACCCUGAAAUAAUGGUUCCCCUUGUUGGAACACCUCAGGAAUUGGGACACCAAAUCCAUUUAAUACGGAAUGUCGCAAAGAAAGUGUUCUCUGAGAUGGGCAGCACCAUAAGCUAUAAGGUCGGGACAAUGAUUGAGAUUCCUAGAGCUGCUCUAAUUGCAGAUGAGAUUGCAAAGGAAGCAGAGUUCUUCUCAUUUGGGACGAAUGACCUCACACAAAUGACAUUUGGUUAUAGUAGAGAUGAUGUUGGCAAGUUUCUUCCCAUAUAUCUAUCCAAGGGCAUCCUACAGCAUGAUCCUUUCGAGGUACUUGAUCGGAAAGGUGUAGGCCAACUUGUCAAGAUUGCCACAGAAAAAGGACGAUCAACAAGGCCCAGCUUGAAGGUUGGUAUAUGUGGAGAACAUGGUGGAGAGCCUUCUUCUGUAGCAUUCUUUGCAGAAGUUGGACUUGACUACGUCUCAUGUUCUCCAUUCAGGGUUCCAAUCGCUAGGUUAGCAGCGGCUCAAGUGGCUGUUUGACAUCAGUUGAUGACAUAAAUUAAGGAGAGCAACCGCUUAUCCCUUUAGGUGACUUAUGCAGUAUUUGUAAAAAGAAAAAAAACCAAAAAAAAUUGGGUUUGCUCUCUUAGGUUUUAGCAAUCAAGGUUUGAUUAGGAAAAACAGAAAGCAGCUCAAUCGAUAUACCUUUCUGUCAUUUACUGACUCUCGGGUAAAGAAGAAAGAAGGUUAGCAACCUCCCAAAAGCUGGCACCACCACCGCCACUGCCACGGCUGAAGUACGCUCGGAUGCAUUCCUCCAGAAAGUGUUGAAACAAAGGAGCUGGUGGGAGGCGACUUAAAAGUGAAAACGCAAUAGACUACUGGCAUUAAUUUAGGAGAUGUUUGGGAUCGAUGCUCAUUGCUUUAUUAGAUUUUUUAAAAACCACUGAUUUAUUCAUCAUAUUAUAUCAGAAAUAAGAGCAAUUAUGUUUGGUAGUAA